AUGUUGAGACUUCUGACCAUUGGAAGUAUAGCAGUGUCCCUUUUCCCUGCUUCUGCUGAGAUUCCACCUUUAAGAGGGGUAGCUCCUGACCUUUUGGAGAAGUACGUUCCUGAUAAGGAUGGAAAUUGGAAGUGUCUCGGUCAUCCUGAGAUCGUUCUGCAUUUCGAUCAAGUAAAUGACGACUACUGUGAUUGUCCAGAUGGAUCAGAUGAGCCAGGAACUGCAGCGUGUGAAAAUGGAAAGUUUUACUGUGCAAAUGAAGGCUUUGAACCGAAUUUCAUACCUACCUUCUUGGUGGAUGAUGGAGUGUGCGAUUACAAGGUGUGCUGUGAUGGUUCAGAUGAAAAAUCUGGUAAAUGCCCUAACAGGUGCCUUGAACUAGCUGAGAAGGCGGAAUUGCUGCGGUUGGAAAGAAAGGCACGAUUGGAAAACGGAUUGAAAGCAAAGAGAGAUUUAAUUGUCCAAUCCCAGAAUAAAUUAAGAGAAAUCUCCCAAAGACGCGCCGAGCUGGAGAAAACAAUCCAAUUGGAACAACAGCAACUAAACUAUCUUAAUGAGCAAGAUCCAAAUGAUUCUGCCUUGCGAAAGGAAGUGGAUCCCCAAUUAGAAAAAGUCGUACAGAUUCUGAAAGUUCAAAAAGAUGAAAUUUUACUUCUCAAAACCAAAGCAGAUUCGUUAGAGAGAUUACUCAAGGAGCUAGAGAAAAACUACAACCCAAACUUUAAUGACGCCGCUGUGAAGGCAGCAGUUCAAGGGUUCAGAGAUUAUUCAAGUAAUUCUAACGAUGACUCUUAUUCUGACUUGGAUUCUGUUGAACCGGAAAAUAUCGUCAAAGAUAUCCAAAAGACCAUUAACACAUUUGCUUUCGACACUUCAAACGAUUCUAAAUACGAAUCGAUUUGGAGCUUCUGGAAAGAGGUAUUAGCAGACAAAAUCGUUAAGAUUUAUCAAGAGUUUACCGCGGUGCCGCUGAAAACAGCUUCAAAGCCUUUGAAACCCAUAUCUGGAACAGCUCAAGAGAUACAGAAAAGCAUUGAUUCGCAUAAUAAGGAAAUAGUGAAAAUUGAUUCUGAUUUAGAGAAUUCAGAAAGCCGAUACGGACUUGAAGACAUUUUCAGAGCAUAUGACGGGAGAUGUUUCGUUGAAAAAAUUGGAGAUUAUGAUUAUGAAUACUGCUUUACGGGUUCCUUGACCCAAAUUUCUUCUAAUGGCCAAAGGGUUUCGAUUGGGACUAGAGAUAAGAUAGAGGUGUUGGAAGACGAACAAAGUGUUGGUGGUUAUUCCUAUAGAGUUUACUAUGAAAAGGGAGCUAAAUGUUGGAACGGCCCUGUUAGAAAGGCAAUAGCCGUUGUGCAAUGUGGUGAUGUUGAACAAUUGGUUUCUGUGUCGGAACCAGAGAAGUGUGAAUACCAUCUCGUGGUGCGGAGCCCAGUUGGAUGUUUCAGUGAAGACAAUGUUUAUCUGGUAAAGGAGAUUGCUGAAGGAGAGUCACAUGCCCCUUUCAAGGUGAUACCUUUCAAAGAUGAACUCUAA